GAAACAACACAGGAGAAAACGUGUUCAAAACUGCAGAGCAUAAUAAAUUUGACUAGUCCAACAUUUCAAUUUUCUUUUUCCAUCUUUACCCCUGCGAUCAACUUUCCCCAACUUCUCCCCCAUUCCCCCCUUCUUCUCUUUCAGGCUUUCUUCUAGAUUCCAGAGAGAGAGAGAGAGAUAGAGAGAGAAAGAGGAGAGAGAGAGAGAGGGGGGAGGAAUCGGAGUGGACUAUUCGCCCCUGCCGCCUGCGCCUAAUUUAAUUACAUCAACAGAAAAAAAAAAUUAAAAAAAUUAAACGCAUCGCAGAAUUUUUCCCCUGUUGUUAAUUUUGUUUGUUGGUGUGGUGAAAAUAACAACGCAGAAGAAAUUUCAAAGUCAAAGGAGAAAGAGUGUGAGAGAAAAAAUAGAAGAAGAGCUUCCCCCACCCUCCUCUAUUAUACCAAACCCUCCCACAAUUGUCUUUCUCCCACCCAACCCAUUUUUUUGUAAUUUUCGAUUCCAUAUUUUGUUCGGCGAAAUUGAAGUUUUCCGAUUCCGAGAUUCGCCGUUAUUUUUGUUUGAUUCUGCGUUUCUGUUUGAUCCGCCUUUCGUCUUUGAUUGAAAUCUCUGUUAGCAUUCGUUUUUUUGGGAUUAAAAUACUCGUUUAUCGAGGAGGUAGAAGAAGGGGGAAAUUGAGAAGGAAAGAGAAAAAUCAGGUUUAGUUAUGAACUCGGGUACUCCGUCAUCCAGUGCUGGAGCACCCGGAUCGGCCGAAUCCGCUGCUCCGAGAAGGAAUUCGAAGCGACCCAAGUAUUCAAGGUUUACUCAGCAGGAACUUCCCGCCUGCAAACCUAUUCUGACUCCUAAAUGGGUGAUCUCGGCAUUCUUGCUAGUUAGUGUUGUCUUCAUUCCCAUCGGAGUUGUAUCACUUUUUGCUUCUCGAGAUGUUGUUGAAAUUAUCGAUCGAUAUGAGACUGAAUGCAUUCCUUUAGAUUCAAGAAACAACAAGACCGGGUUUAUGUGGAGCAAUGCAGACAAAACGUGCAACAGAAUUAUUACAGUUACAAAACAUAUGAAGCAGCCAAUCUAUGUGUAUUACCAGCUCGACAAUUUCUAUCAGAAUCAUCGCAGAUAUGUGAAGAGUCGAAGUGAUCAGCAGCUGAGAAACCCUGGAAAUGAGCGUGACAUAUCUACCUGUAGUCCUGAAGACACCACACCAGAAGGACUGCCUAUAGUUCCUUGUGGUCUUAUAGCGUGGAGUAUGUUCAAUGAUACUUACAGCCUCUCACGCAAUAACCAACAAUUGGGCAUAAACAAGAGAGGCAUCUCGUGGCAGAGUGAUAGAGAUCGUAAAUUUGGAAAAGGGGUCUUCCCCAAAAAUUUUCAGAAUGGCACAGCACCAGGUGGUGCAAAGCUUAAUGAAUCAAUACCACUGAGUGAGCAAGAGGACCUCAUUGUUUGGAUGCGAACUGCCGCCCUCCCAACAUUUAGGAAAUUGUACGGGAAAAUAGAAGUCGAUCUUCAAGCCGGUGAUGUCAUUAAUGUGACGUUACAGAACAAUUACAACACCUACAAUUUCAACGGUAAGAAGAAACUGGUUCUUUCUACUACCAGCUGGCUAGGAGGAAAGAACGACUUUAUGGGCAUCGCAUAUCUCACAGUGGGUGGAUUGUGCUUUUGCUUGGCCAUGGGUUUCAUGCUUAUUUAUCUAAUUAAACCAAGGCAACUUGGAGACCCGUCUUAUUUGUCGUGGAAUCGGAAUCCCGGGGGUCACUAAUGCUAGCUUAUGAGUGUAUUUCCAUUCCCACUUGGAUACUGCCCUCUACGGAUACUUGCUCAAUUACAAUGGGUACAAAAUUUGCUCUGCUCCUCUUAGCUUUUGUAAGAUGUGUGUAUUAUUACUAUUAUUAACCUUUGAUUAUAUAAGCUUUUGUAAUACUUUUAGACAUGAAAUUUGAGUCUUGUCUUGCCUUGCCUUGCCUUGAA